AUGGUGGCUUUAAGACUUUUAAAAUUUACUUUUGUUCUUACUGCCUUCAGCUAUGUGGCAAUUGGAGGGCUCAGUGUCGAUAAGUUAAUCAAAGUGGAUUGUAUGGAAACUCACUUCGCAGAGUCAGAAAUAUUUUCUGAACCAGAAUUCCCUGGAGAAGAAGCUCUGGUAAGGCAAAGGGAAAAGUUAACUCACAGACCCUUCAAAAUCGGUGUCAUGGCUCCUGAAGUGUGCGCUGCCUCUUCAGAAAAGAAAAAGAUGAUCCAAGUGAAAAAGAAACAUCCAUUCAAGAGUCAUGAAUCAAAUAAAAAGGCAUCACACCCCGGGAGCCUUUUGAAGGAAGACAUUGUUUUCAAGAAAUCCACAUUGAAUCCUAACAUUGUUUUAAGCUAG